AUGUUCCGCCGCGCACCUGGCGAGCGCUACCUGCUGCCCGGAGCGUGCGGCGGCCGCGCCCGCCCGCCCCGCAUGGUCACCUGGGCGCUGCCCCGCAGCCGCUGCGGCGGCCGGCGGAGCGGGGAUGUGCGGACAGCGGGGCAGAACGGGGGCUGCACGCAGGGGCUGGGCACAGCGUGGACAGAACGUUUGGCUAGAGAUAUCAUGCAAGACAUGGGAAGUCAUCACAUUGUUGCACUCUGUGUCCUCAAAGGAGGCUAUAAAUUCUUUGCCGAUUUGCUGGACCAUAUAAAAGCACUAAAUCAAAAUGGUGAUAAGUCAGUGCCUGUUACCGUGGAUUUUGUCAGAAUAAAAAGCUACUGUAAUGAUUCACCUGCAAAAAAAAUCAGUUUUGUUGGAGAGGAACUGUCUACACUAAAGGGGAAGAAUGUGUUAGUAGUAGAGGACAUUAUUGAGACUGGUAGAACAAUGAAAGCUCUACUUUCAAAAAUAAAAGACAAGAAACCAAGGAUGGUAAAAGUUGUAAGCCUGCUUGUUAAAAGGACAUGUCAGAGUCCAGGUUACAGACCAGACUAUACAGGCUUUGAAAUUCCAGAUAAAUUUGUAGUUGGAUAUGCUCUUGACUAUAAUGAAUACUUCAGAGACUUAAAUCACAUCUGUAUUCUGAAAGAGAAUGCCAAAGAGAAAUACAGGAUGUGA